UCAAAAUCAAAUUGUCACUGGACUGUCAAAUAAAAAUAAAUUUCAGACAAAAAAUAGCUCAAAGGAAUCGAGAAAUCUGUUUCUUGUUAUUUAACUCAGAUAUUUUAAAUUUAAUAUUAGAAAUUAUAGCACUUAGUGGUUAAUAACCUAACAAAUCAUAAACAUGACUGAACAGCAAAUGGAUUGUGCUUUAGAUCUAAUGCGGAGGCUUCCGCCCCAACAGAUAGAGAAGAAUUUAACAGAUUUGAUUGAUUUAGUGCCAAGUCUAUGCGAGGAUCUCUUGUCUUCUGUGGACCAGCCUUUGAAGAUCGCUCAAGACCGCACAACAGGGAAGGAUUACCUGUUAUGUGAUUAUAACCGUGACGGUGACUCGUACAGGUCACCAUGGUCAAAUACAUAUGACCCACCGUUAGAGGAUGGUUCAAUGCCGUCGGAAAAACUAAGGAAGCUUGAAGUUGAAGCAAAUUAUGCAUUUGAUCAGUAUAGAGAAAUGUAUUUUGAGGGUGGCGUCAGCUCUGUUUACCUUUGGGAUAUGGACCAUGGCUUUGCAGGAGUAAUAUUGAUAAAGAAAGCUGGUGAUGGCUCUCAGAAGAUCAAAGGGUGCUGGGACUCCAUACACGUUGUCGAGGUAGUGGAGAAGAGUUCUGGACGCAACGCUCACUAUAAGCUGACUUCAACGGCCAUGCUGUGGCUUCAGACCAAUAAAGAAGGCAGCGGCACUAUGAAUCUGGGAGGCAGUUUGACUAGACAGGCUGAGCAGGACUCCUCUGUCAGCGAUGUGACUCCUCACAUCAUCAAUAUUGGCCGCAUGGUGGAGGAUAUGGAGAAUAAGAUUAGGAACACCCUUAAUGACAUCUAUUUUGGUAAAACCAAGGACAUAGUGAACGGCCUGCGGUCCGUGGUGUCCGCGGACGUGACGCAGCGGACGGCGGCGCUGCAGCACGACCUCGCCAUCGCGCUGCAGAGGCGUCACGUGGCGCGCGCCGACUGAGCAAGGGGUCGCGGGGAAGAUGAGGUGGAGAUUUGGGGUACGUAGGUCGACUCAAAAUGAAGCCACCGAAUGCGUCUUUAAAUUUAAGGGAGUUUAAAAUUUGUUUCGAGUCGAGCAAAAUUAACGAAAAGUAACUCCAAAUAGAUUUUAAGCUCAGAAUUGAAUUCCUAGGUAUAAGAAUUACGAAAACUUAUGAGAAUAUAUUUUUUCGAUUGUAAUUACCGAUGUAAAAAAUUAUUUCUCUUUGAGGUACUGUUUUAGUCUUAGAAACAAGAAGCUUUAAGUAAUAAUGGACGCUGCAUUCUCAAUAAUCAACAUUGUAUUAUUUUUUGUGGAAACGAACAUAAAUUUAAUGACAUAACGUUAUUUUUACCAAAAUGGCGGCAAUUAUUUC